AUGGACACGUUUGACAUUUUCACUGUUAUACCACGAUCUGUCAACUAUCCUGACUAUCUCUCUGAAAUUACCGAUUUCAUUAUUUCUGUCAUCUUGAAUACCAUCGUAAUUACUACUUUUGCCGCCACUCACCACGGCGGCACCCCAUCAUCAGUAGUCGCCAUCCCCCCUUUCAGCCACAGCACAAUUUCUCUAUUCUUAAUCACUGUUUAUUACUAUCACGACUGGCCAAGCAAUCACAUCCUUCCCGCCUGUUUGAUCUACGAUUUGAUACCGAGUCUGACAAGAGAAGACUCUUAUUAUUAUAAUUAUAUCUUCCUGACCAACAGAUCGCAGCCCUGCGACAGCAGUGACCCUAUGUAUAAACGCGACAUAAAUAUUCUCACCACCCUUUCCGAAACUUUGAUGCAUGUAAUCUCUCUCUCUGCUCUCUCUCUCUCUCUCUGUUCUCUCUCUCUAUCUCUAUUCCUCUCUCUUAUUGCUCUCUCUCUCUCUCUCUGCUCUUUCUCCGUCUGCUCUUUCUGCUCUCUCUCUCUCUGCUCUCUCUCUACUCUCUACUCUCUCUCUCCCUCUCUCUCUCUCUCUCAUUGA